AUGGUACAUAUUAAAAAGUUGUUGCAUGAAUGGUCUGCUAUUAUGGUUAUGGCUAUUGAAGAGACAGAUAGCGAUUCAGUUUGCAAAAUUCCUGAAGUAGAAUGGAUACCCUGCGUUGACAUGCUGUUUGAUUUCGAAGAAGCGGCUUAUGAUUUUUACAAUGAAUAUGGUAGGAGAGUGGGUUUUAGUAUUCGGAGAGAGUACAAAAACAAUAGUCGGAAGGAUGGAAAAGUAACAUCUAGAAAUUUUGUGUGUAGCAAGGAGGGAAAAAGAGGUAAGGACAAGAGGGACAGGAAAACAAAGAAUCGAUGGGCUGAAACACACACCAAUUGUCGUGCACGCAUGCUUAUUGCCUUUAAUGUGAAAUUUGGUAAGUACAUUGUCAAAGAUUUUAAAGAUACUCACAACCAUCCCCUCAUCAAUGAGGAUUGUGCCCACAUGAUGUCGUCGCAGCGAUUGUUUUUUAUUUUUAAAUUUAGGGGUUCAAAUUCCACUAAUUUUCAUGGAAUUUGA